AUGGCAGACGAGCCAGGCGCCCUCAACUGGCGACUAAGCGCACAUCCCAUCACCCUCCUCUGCUUCCUAGGCUUUCGAAUAGGCUCCCUCCUCCUCUACCUCUUCGGCGUCCUCUUCAUCCGCUCCUUUAUCCUCGUCUUCAUCUUCACCCUCCUCCUCCUCUCCAUCGACUUCUACUACCUCAAGAACAUUGCCGGCCGCCGCCUCGUCGGCCUCCGCUGGUGGAACGAAGUCAACACCACAACCGGCGACAGCAAAUGGGUCUUUGAGUCCGCUGCCGCAGAACGUCAGCCAAAUCCUACAGACAAGCGGUUCUUCUGGUUGAGCAUGUAUGUUGUGCCGGCGUGUUGGGUGGGGUUGGCGAUAUUGGCGAUUUUGAGGCUGCAGAAUUUUAUUUGGUUGGUUACGAAUGUCAUUGCAUUAAUCCUCACAAUCACGAAUACCGUUGCCUUUUCACGAUGCGACAAGUUCAGUCAAGCGAGCAGUUUUGCAGGAAGUGCGUUCUCAGCAAUGCCGGGGAAUGUUGCAGGCCGCUUAGCUUCCAACAUGAUGGGGCGGUUCUUCAAAUAA